AUGGAAGAUGUAUGGGUGAGAGUAUUCACAUAUCUUUCCCCACGGGAGGUUCUGAAAUGUGAACGUGUGAGUCGAACGUGGCGACGUCUGGCUCAUCGAGCCCUGCGCCAACUCAGUGAUAUCGACUUUGAGCACGACUUUCCUGGUGCUAUCGCUUACCCUGAACAUCAAGGAGCGGAUACUCAAAUGAUCAUCACCAUCGCAGCAGUGGAAGCGUUCUCACAAUUACCGUCGACAUUAGAGAAUCUACGUCGAUGUGUCUUUUUAGCAGCUGGAAGAACCGCAAUUACUGGGCUGAGUUCAGCAUAUCCAACUGUCGAAUGUUUUGCUUCGUCACCAGAAGUGAACAAAAUCGUACAACUGGCUCUUCGUCAGCUACUUUGUCGUAGCCCAAAGCUGAAGCGAUUCGAAAUUACGGUCAACGAAACGGUGCUACUUUUACUUCCGUCAUCCUUACGUGAUCUAUCGAUAUCAGCAGGUGGCUCACUAAAGAUAACAAAUCUCCACUUUUUGCGAGGAAAACGAAAGACCUCUUUAAAAUGCUUAGAAAGCCCAGAAAUCCGAUCACAGUCAUUAGCUGUCGCAGCGAAAGGGCGUGGAGGAGAGAAUCUUGCUUUACAAAUCAGAAUUCCAAGCCUCCUGGCUGCCUACGAACUGCAAGAAAAGGAUUUUCAUUUAGGCUUGAAUCUCUAG